AUGCCUUUCCAACGACAUCCCACCAAUACGACCAUCCUGCAGGCCGCAAAGGAUGAGGUGGAGAUGGAAAAUACUGCUGCCAAACAACUCGCUCAACUUGCCGUAAAGUCGGUCACCAGCGAUGUCGCCGUUAUCGAGGAGGAUACAAAGUCCAAGCGACAACAGGCGACGUUGAGGGACCGCACGUCUUGGGCAGAGUUGAUGGCCGUAGUGGCAAGAAUAAUACCAUACCUUCACUCAAAAUCUUAUGAAUCCCGAACAGCAGCAUCCGUAGCCCUCUCCCAGAUCUUCUCCCUUUCACCAGUAUGGCAACCACUUGACGGUCAUUUUCCAACCUCGCCGGUCGAUGCUCCUUGCGAAUCUCCUCCAGAAUACCCCAAGUUUUUGCUCGCCGAGUUGCUGGACCAGGGAAAGCUUCUCCUAGCUUCGUCGGGAAAGGAAUUCAUCAAGCCAGCUGGGAUUCUAGCCAGCGCAGCAGAGGUCAAAAAGGCACGAAAGGAGGCGAUGAGCAGGCUAGGGCUAGAGUUUCUAGACGACGUUGCAGACGACAUGGACUUGGACAAGGAAUUGACUGAACAGAUGGUCAUCGAGGACGAAGCUCCCCCGCCUCAAUCAACAGAGACCCGCCAAUCAUCAGCAGACGUCGAAAUGGCCCUAGAAACACCGCCUCUGCCCAAAGAACCAGUGAAAGAACCGUCCGCUCCCUGCGACACAGCUGCACCUUCACCGACAUCCUCUGCAACGCCUUCUAUUCCCGAACCCGACCUAUCAACACUUUCAGCCAGAGAGCGCAAUCGGCUAAAGCGAAAGCGCAAGCCUGGCAAUUCUGCAUUUGUUGCAGCGCCUCCACCUCCACCUCAAUCUUCAGGUUCAAAGUAUGCACCCGCUAUGGGCGCUUCUUCAAGCAAGGCGAGACUGAUUGCAGCAGAAGAGAGCACAUCCACCAAAUCCCGAGUCAACAGUCCCAUCCCAGGUGAUUCUUCAAGUACCUCCGAACGGGUCGUCAUCGAUCCAUCCAAGGGUGGUGCCGUAAAUGCAAAAUUGGCGAAGCAAUCGAAAGCGCUUGAGGUCGAGGACGGGUGCUGGAUAUGGGAUGGCGUAGUCAAGUUGCUCGAGGUCGAUCUGUUCAGCGCAGCUUGGGAAGUUCGACACGGAGCCGCUUUAGCUCUACGAGAGCUGCUAAAGGUGCAAGGAAGAUUUGAUUCACUCUCGUACGAAGAAAACGAACUUGCCCACGAGAAAUGGUGCAACGACCUCUCUGCCCAAUUCCUCUGUGUUCUUGUUCUGGAUCGUUUCGGUGACUUUGUUUCUGACCAGGUUAUCGCGCCCGUAAGGGAAACUGUGUCACAAACUCUCGCCUCCCUUCUGAUCCAUAUGCCUCGUCGAUCACUCGUCCAUGUUCAUUCAAUCCUGGUGCAGAUGACCAGACAAGAUUCCAUUACACCACCACAAAAUGGGGCGACUUCUGAUCCAGAACGUACCCAUGUAUGGGAAGUUCGACAUGCUGGGCUACUGGGAAUCAAAUACGAAGUGGCCGUGCGAAGUGACCUUUUCGACGUCGUUCCUAAACAAGAGGACGGGCAAAAUGCAGGAGGCCGUGCUGUUUUGAAGGAUGUCGUGGAUUCCGCAAUUUUAGGGCUGGGAGACAAAGACGAUGACGUUCGCGCAGUCGCAGCUUCAUGUCUAUUACCAGUGGCCCGACAUCUGGUCGAACAGCUGCCAGAGUCGUUGGAACGCGUACUCGUGGUCUUGUGGCACUGCCUGUCCGACAUGAAAGACGAUCUCAGUUCGUCCGUUGGUGCAGUCAUGGACUUGCUAGGAACCCUGGUCACAUACGAGAGAGUUAUCCAAAUCCUUGGAAACGACAGUGUUGCCCUUCCCCUUUCCACGUUGGCCGUCACCCUUUUCCCCUUCUUCCGACACACGAUAUCUAACGUUCGUCUUGCGGUUGUCAAAACGCUGGAUUCUUUCAUGGCUGUCCCUUCACUUCCAAGGGGAUGGGUCGCAGCACACUUCUUAUGCCUCCUUUUCCAAAACCUCAUUUGCGAAGAGAGGGAAGACAUCCGGGUCGCAACCUCGCAAGCUUGGAAGAGAGCUCUCCUCAUAUUGUCCCAAACUCCUGGAACCCUAGAGUCGAUGCUCGACCAACAGCUUGUCCUUGAUUGGUAUGCGAUCAUGAUGACACCGAUUGGGGUUCCGAUCGACUCCAGCAAGUUCUACCGACCGUCAAUAACUGCCAACGGCGAAAAUCUGCCUGAAAGACACAAUGUCGACAAGAAUAUGCUGGCUCAAGACUUGUCCCUAAUACCCAUGGAGACAAUCAUGAAAUCCCGUGUCGCUGCUGCCACCGCGCUCGCGGAAUUGCUCUUACGCUGGCCUUCGGAAGCCAUUACACCCUUUUUCCGCGUGAUCCUCAUUCACUAUGUCGAUUCGAUUAGCAUGCUGCAAAAAUUCCUGAGUGGAAUCAUUGCAGAGGAAUGGGCUGAGCAAUACGCGCGAGAAAACCCCUCUGGACCGUUGUUAACGGAAAAGAACGACAUGGCGAAGGAAAUUAGCGACAAGACACUUCUUUGGCUUCAAGCUAAACCACCUCUAGGUUACCACGAAAUGACGCCAGCUUUGACAAGGAUACAUAUGGAAUGUGCAGCACUGCUCCAAGCCUUCCACUCUGAUUGCAAACUUCCGAUGUCCUCCAUUCCCAACCUGGGUCAGGAAGUGGACAUCACCGGUACAGCGCCAGGAGCGUUCACAAUCGACACGGCCCGUGUCGCACUUGGGUCGCACUACACUCGAUUGCGUGACUCACUCGGGCGAACGAAGAAAAAGGAACUGGCUGUACUUGCUGAACGACGGGAAAAGAUCGAGGCCAGCAUUACUCGUUACAUGGAACUCAAAGCGCAAAACGACAAUCGAGUCUCGGCUUCCUUUGCUGCCGCUUUCGUCUCGUUGAGGACCGUGCCUGAUAAAGUCAGUCCAAUUGUCAAGGGCAUCAUGAACGGCGUCAAGAACGAAGAAAACGAGGACUUGCAGACGCGUUCAGCUUUAUCCGUUGCACGUUUCAUCGAUUUCUGUAUCAAGCAUAACAUCGUCCAACCGCCUGACAAGAUCGUGAAGAAUCUGUGCACUUUCUUGUGUCAAGACUCAGAACAGACGCCAAUGUUUUCGUAUUGCAAGCAGGAUCUGGAGGGCAUCCUAUCGUUUCGUACUGUCACCAAUGGUACCCAGGCGAAUGGCAAGGAGAGCUUUGGAGCCUCUCACGCCAAAUUCGAGGAAACUCGUAAAGCGCAACUAUCCCGACGUGGUGGCAAACUCGCAUUCGCUGAAUUCUCCCGCAUGUUUGGAUCGCGGUUGCUCGAUGUCCUUCCCAAUGUAUGGCCAUGUAUGGUUGGCGGUCUGCUCAGUGCCUUUAACGAGACGGAUUCUCCGGAGAAAUCUGACCAGUUGAUCGAGAAGCAAUUCGGACAGGAUGUUAUCGAUUCUCUCAGCGUCCUUGAAGCAGUGUUACCCACAUUCCACCCAGACCUUCUUCCCAAGUUCAAUCAGAUCUUCCCCAUGCUGGAACUUGGUAUCCGCAGUCGAUUCGCCAUCAUACGACAAUGCGCUACAAGAUGUUUCGCAACGCUGUGCGACGUUAUGACCAACGACGCUAUGCGAUAUGUGGUUGAGAAGAUCAUCCCACUGAUUGGGGAUCCUUUGAACCUCUCAAAUAGACAAGGGGCUGUGGAGUUGAUUUAUCAGAUUGUGCAGCGACUCGACAUCAAGGUUUUGCCCUAUGUCAUCUUUCUCGUCGUCCCUGUACUCGGCCGUAUGAGCGAUGCCAACGAUGAAAUCCGUUCGACUGCAACCAAUACAUUUGCGUCACUCGUCAAGAUGGUCCCACUGGAGGCUGGGCUUCCGGAUCCCAUCGGCUUCUCGGACGAACUGCUCAAACGACGAGACGAGGAGCGACAAUUCCUUGCUCAACUUUUGGAUGGCUCCAAAGUCGACCAGUACCAAAUUCCCGUCAAAGUCAAUGCAGAACUUCGCAAAUAUCAACAGGAUGGUGUCAAUUGGUUGGCAUUCCUGGCCAAGUAUCAGUUGCACGGCAUCCUUUGCGAUGACAUGGGUCUCGGAAAGACGCUACAAUCAAUAUGCAUCCUUGCCAGCAAACAUCAAGAACGACGGGACAAGUAUCGCGAAACGAAGAGCCCCGACGCUGUCCACCUCCCUUCCCUCAUCAUAUGUCCUCCAACAUUGACCGGCCAUUGGUACUACGAAAUUCUCAAAUACGUCGAGAACCUGAAGCCUAUCCUGUAUACCGGCAACGCCAGAGAGCGGUCGCGCAUGCUUCCCAAACUUCAGCAACACGACGUUGUCAUCACCUCCUAUGAGGUUGUCCGAAACGACAUUGCUAAUCUCGAAAGCCUCAAGUGGCUAUACUGCAUUUUGGACGAAGGACAUGUUAUCAAGAAUGCGAAGACCAAGCUGACUAAGGCUGUAAAAUCGAUUCAGGCGCAGCAUCGUCUCAUCUUGUCCGGUACUCCGAUUCAAAACAACGUGCUUGAACUAUGGAGUUUGUUCGAUUUCUUGAUGCCCGGGUUCCUUGGCACGGAGUCUUCCUUUAACGAAAGGUUUGGGAAGCCUAUCCUUUCCAACCGUGAUGGCAAGAACAAAAACGCAGAGGCCGCGGCGCUUGCCCUGGAAGCGCUCCACAAACAAGUGCUUCCUUUCCUGUUGCGAAGAUUGAAAGAAGACGUCUUGAAUGACCUUCCACCGAAGAUCAUACAGGAUUAUUACUGCGAAUUAUCCGAAUUGCAGAAAAACCUCUACGACGACUUCUCGAAAUCAAAGGCGGGAACUGCGACGGGCAAGACGUUGAAGUCAGAUGUGGUGGAGAAGGGCGACCCUGCUCAACAGCAUGUCUUCCAGUCCCUACAGUACCUCCGUAAACUGUGCAAUCACCCAGCACUGGUUCUUAGGGAUGAAGAGGCCACCAAGGUUGCGUUGGAAAACGCGAAGCUCACGAAGGAUAGCUUGAGGGACAUUCAAAACGCACCCAAGCUGUUGGCUCUCAAACAACUCCUGAUGGAUUGCGGCAUUGGAUCACCUCCGGCAUUAGCGGCUGACAGCCAGAAGAGCGAGUUAAUCGACGCGCCAACGGAUACCUCUGGAACGUUCUCGCAGCAUCGCGUACUCAUCUUCUGUCAGAUGAAGCAGAUGCUGGAUAUCAUUGAGACCGAUUUGUUCAAGCCUCACAUGCCUUCAGUGACUUACAUGCGUCUCGACGGAUCCACCGAUGCCAACAAACGACAUGCCAUCGUCCAGACAUUUAAUUCGGACCCCAGUAUCGACUGCUUGCUGUUGACGACACAUGUAGGCGGAUUGGGCUUAACGUUGACCGGUGCCGAUACCGUUAUCUUCGUCGAACACGACUGGAAUCCCAUGAAAGACUUGCAAGCUAUGGACCGUGCUCAUCGCAUUGGGCAGAAAAAGGUCGUCAAUGUCUAUCGACUUAUCACAAAGGGCACACUGGAAGAGAAAAUCAUGGGUCUCCAACGAUUCAAGCUUAAUAUCGCCAACUCUAUAGUCAAUCAACAGAAUUCGGGUUUAUCUUCGAUGGACACAGACCAAGUACUAGAUCUCUUUAGACGGACCACAGAAGAGGAGGAUUCAGCGGCAGCGGCCAAGAAGGCAAAGGAGGCCAACAAGCCCAUGACUCAGAAGAGCUUAUUGGCUGCUUUGGAGGACAUGCCGGAAGAAGAGUAUGAAGGGUUAGAUUUGUCAAGCUUUAUGAGCUCGCUUGGACGAUAA